AUGGCUGACUACUCCCGAGCUAUCUCCCUCUCCCAACCCCACUCCUCCUCCGAUGACUCCUCUGAUCACAGCCCCUCUCGCCCCCCAACUUCCCUCUCCGCUUCCGCUUCCUCCUCCAAAACCAAAACCAAAACCAUUCGCAACACCACUACCAAGAUCACUCUCAUUGACCAUCACCAUCAGAUCAUUCAAUCCCCUUCGGACACCACCGCUAGGAAGCCUCGAGGAAGACCUCCCGGCUCCAAGAACAAACCCAAACCGCCCAUUGUCAUCACCAAGGACAGUGACUCAGCCAUGAAACCAGUCAUCCUCGAGAUAUCCGCUGGGGCUGAUAUUAUUGAUCAUAUCAUCAACUUCGCAAGAAGAAACCACGCUGGCAUUUCGAUAAUGAGCGCUUCUGGUUCUGUCUCUAGUGUCGCUCUUCGCCAACCCAUUUCUCACGCUCCUUCGCUCUCUUUACAUGGACCCUUUAAUCUUCUUUCACUCUCCGGCUCUUAUUUAAAGUCUCCGAGUAGUGGCGGUGCUUCUUCUUCUUCAUCUUCUUGUUGUUUUAGUGUAACUCUUGCAGGAGCGCAAGGACAGGUAUUCGGAGGGAUAGUGGCCGGGAAAGUGACGGCGGCGAGUCAAGUGGUAGUGGUGGCAGCCACAUUCUCCAAUCCUUCGUUUCAUAGUUUGCCUAUUUCCGAAGAAACCGAGCAUAAUGAUCACCAUCAGCAACACCACCAAAAGUCUAAACCGAAUGAUCAGCCUUGUUCAAGUGCGGGGAAGUCCAUGCCGGUGUACGGUGUGGCUGUCGCCAGCCCGACUCCUCUUAACUCUCAGAUGUCUCCAGAUGUUUUGCAUUGGGGUCCCCCAUCUCGUCCUCCUUACUGA